UUUUUUUUUUUUUCUUUACGUGUUGCACAACUUGCGUGGCUGUUGCUCGCAAGCGGCCCGUGUAUUGUAUCGAGGCGGGCUGCAGGGAGCCCGAGUUUCGCUUUGACACGCCGCGUCGUUGUGCAUGACAAAUUAUUUGUUUGUUUGCGUGUGCAACAGAGAAGUCGAGUGUGUGUGAGUGUGUGUGAGAGAGAGAGAGUGGAGAUAGAAAGAGAAGAAAAAGAGAGAGAGAGAAAGAGAGAGAGGGGAUGAACGUCAGCCCAGUCAUUGCUCUUAAAAAUGGCGUCUUGUGAACAAAAUGAGCGAAAAUAGCUGAUGGUGUUGGUGGAGCAGCAGCAGCAGCAGAGCAGCUGUCUCCUCUGGAUCAACGUGAACAUAGCGUCGCUUAUUAAAGCUGCUGGAGGACGUGGAGCAUCUGUUCUGCGGCCCAUCAGCUUAACACGGGAGACAAUAGACAGUGAAAUAUAUGGGGAGAGGAGGAGGAGGAGGCGGAGGAGGAGGAGGGAGGAGGAGGAGGAGGUGCUCCUGGCUGCUGUGAAACCCCCACCACCCCUCCUCAUCCUCCCUCCUCCUCCUCCUCUCACUCCUUCUCCUCCCCAUUCCUCCCAGUCCACAGGCUCGUCGGGCAGAGAAAUAAACAGAAUCGGGGCGCUGAGAAGAGAGAAGACAUUCCUCCCUCCCCUCCCCCUCGCUAUCUGUCCAUCUUCACCCAGCCCUUUCUUUCAUGGAGAGGAAUUAUCCCGCUGCAGGGUUCGGAGAUCUCGGGGCUGGGACGGGAUGGAGUUACGACAGAUCGACCAAAGCAAGCCUCAUGUAUGGGAGCUCCAGGUCAUCCCAUCCAGACUCGGAACUGCUCCACCGGCAAGCCUACGGCACCCCUCACCCCCUCCAAGGCUAUGCAACCAACCACCAUCCAGGAAGCUCGAGACAGAGCGGAGCCUGGGGUGCUCCUGGACGCACGCUUGGCCUGUCGGGGCUGUUUGAUGCCAGCCUCCACCAUGCCAGCCCCUCAGGUGCCGACCCCUCUGUCAUGAAUCUGAUUUCUGCUCUGGAGUCCCGGGGUCCACAGCCAACACCCUCUGCUUCCUCCCUCCUCUCUCAGUUUCGCACUCCCUCUUGGCAGACUGCAAUGCAUACACCGGCCCCAGCGGAGCUCUUUAUUUCAGGGCCACUUCCUGGUUCUAGCUCCUUCCCUUCCUCCUCAGCCCUUUCUGCAUAUCAGCAUCCUGGUUCCUUUUCUGGACGAUCUUUCACUCCCUCACUGUCCCUACAGGACGUGCCUACAUUUAGCCCAACCUCUAAUGGUUUACUAUCCCCCCAUGAUCCCCUGCUGCACAUCAAAACACCCUCCCAGUCCAGCUUGGGUUUUGACCGCCUGCUGUCUUCCCAGAGUGCCACCUACCGAGGUUCCCAGGAGCCCCCAACCCCUCCUCAGACCCAAGCCUCUUCCUCUUCCUCCUCCAGUUGCCACCUACCCCCACCCCAGUUCAACCUGUUGUCCUCUCAGCUCCACAACCAGUCCCCUCAGCUAUAUAAUGCCUCCAUGUUCUCUUCCACACCAGCUCUGGCGCCUGCAGCACCCCCACAGCCCCAGCCUCCUGCAGAAAGGGCAGUAUCCCGGCAGGACAGUGUGAUCAAGCAUUACCAACGUUCGUCCCCAGCUCAGUCGACAACCCUACAGCAGUAUGCCAGCUGUGGUGGUUCAUCUGGUUACCAGCAGAUAGUUGGCCACCAUCGGCAUGCUGGAAUGUCCUGUAGUCCUCUGGGGGAACAGAGCCCAUCUUCUGACCCCAAGCCCUCACCACGGAUGGAAUCCCAGACAUAUCCCAUCCAAACUCCUUACACAUCCUCGUCCUCUAGCACUUCAGCUUCCUUGUCAUCUGCCACUAAGGGAGCCAAGAGUUCCAGCUCCACCAGUGGAUACUCCUCUUCAGGCUCUGCAUCAUCCUCUUCUCGUAACCCACAUACUCCACCAUCAGCCUCCUCCGCCUCUUCCUCAUCAUCUUCUAGCUCCAAGACAAGCGCCAGCUCUUUGUCUGCUCCCUCUCGUCAGCAGCCCCCUCCUCAGUCAGCGCCAGUACCACCUCCUCUACCUGUGGUAUCCUCCACCCUUGUUCAGCAGCCAGCAGGCAAACAAUGCCUAUCCCCAUAUGGAUCUCAAUCUGUGGCCAAAUCCAGCACAAGCCUGCCAGACCAGACUCCCCCUCAACAACAUACCCAGUCCUACUCGCCCAACCAGCCUCCACCUGCACACAUGGCCCCAUCUUAUGGAGGCUUCAGCUCACCUCAUGCCCAGGAUUUGAGUUCUGUACCAGGAAGCACUGGGGGAAAAGGCUUCACUGGUAUAGGUCCCGGAGGACGUUCUUUCUCUGCAGAGAUCGUCUAUGAGGACUCCAGUUUUAGUUCAGCUUCUCACAGAAGAGCAGGCAGUCCUUCCUUAGGGUAUGGGAGUGGAUCAACAGGGAGUGGACCCAUAUCAGGAGCGACUGCACUUGGCAGUGGAGUAGGAUCUGCUGGAUCAGGGAGUGGGAGUGUUGGUAUGGGUAAUGGAGGCAGCAGCUCUUACCACCUGCCUGAGUCUAGUACGUCGCCCUCUCUCAAUUCUACUAUCAAUCGCCCUGGAUUGCAUUCUCCUGCUGCAGCUCGUCCUGCACAGUCUCCUGGAGGUUCAAAAUACUUGUCCUCUAUCUUGUCUCCUCCUUUUAUGUCCUCACCGCAAGGUUUCCCUGACACACGACAAGCUCAGAGCCAGUCCUACCACUCAACACCACCCAAGCCAAAAACAGUGACGAACAUGCUGGGAGUUGAGCAAUCCCAAGAUGAGGAAGAGGAUGAUGAUGACUUCCUCAUCCACCAUUUACUACAUGCUCAGAGCUCAACUCCCCAUCCUUCCCAGCAUCACCCGCAUCGUCAGCAACUCUCCCAGCCCCUCUCUCAAGCUAGGGAUGGGGAUGGCAAAGGUGUGGCAUAUGAUAUUAAUAAACUCUCAGAAGAGCGCUACCACCUUCAGAGUGUCAUUCGUACCAGUAACACCACCAGCAGUACAGGUCCCGGAACGGCAAGUGACGCAGCGAGUGGCUUAAAUAGACAAUUAGAAAUAUCACAGAAGAAACAGCAGACCAAGUCUGAGUUGGCACUGUCAAAAUCCAGUGCUGGACCAGUACAAGGGGUUACUGAUUCUCUUUCCCAUCCCCAUACUACCCACUCACAUCAACAACAGCACGAGUCCCUGGGUUCUGUGGUUCAGUAUGGAAGAGGUGACCCCUACACACAACACCCACACUCCCAACAUCCCCUUCACACCUCACAUGUGUCCUCACACUCUCAGCAACACACUCAGCACUCCCAAAUCUCCCAGCACUCUCGACACAGUCAACAUCCACAGCACUCUCAGCAUUCUCAGCUUAACCAUCCCAGCUCUCAUUCACAUAACCACUCUCACUUGGACCUGAAGAAACCUUCAGAUGCAAAUGACAGUGUCUACAUGUGUAACACACCCGAUGUGCAACAGGCCCGACAAAGCCAGGUCCCCCUCUCUCUGAUGGAUUCAUCACCAGACCCCCCCCAACCAUCUCAUAUGCUGCCCUCUGUUCUUUCCCAUACCACUCGUACCAAGAUGGAUCCCCAGCAAGGCCCUCCACAGCAACAGCAGCAACAACAACAGCAUCCAUUGAGCCAGCAGGCCAUGAUGGGUUCAGCUGGAGGAGUAGGGCCUGCGGGGGUAGAAUCCCACCCACAGAACCAGUCUUCACAGUUGCAGCUUCAGCUUCAAACCCAGGGUAUAGAUACCCACUACAGUCUUGGAGCCCAGCCCAGAGAUCAGACCCGAGCCAGUCAGAACUCAAUGUCUCCAUUAGACAUGCUAGAUCAGUCUCUUUCCCAGGCCAACAACAGAGACAACGGAGGAGCUCUGGACAGAAAUGGAGGGGUGGCUGUUGCAAGAGGUGAGGGAAGUGGUGGAGACAGACAUCGACAGCAACACAGACUUACACCCCACCACCAUGCCCAACAAACAGCCUCAGAUCUUCAUGACUUCCUCACUGAGCCAGAUUUGGGACUGUCCACCCCUUCACACCUCCACCACCUCAACCAAUCCCAAGCCCACCCCCAUACUCACAAUCUCCACCAACAGCAAGCGCACACUCACCAUCAGCUGUCACAUGCUCAGUUAGCUCAGCCACACUCCCACCGGAUGACAACAAAUAUGGGGACUCCCCAACAACAGCAGCAACCCCAACAAAGAGAGCCCGAAACACAACUGUCACACUCCCAGUUAGACCAGCUCAAACAGCACCAAUUUGACACUUUGAGUUCAGCAGAUAAAGUUGGACAGAAUCAAGCUCAGCAACAGCAGCAGCGGUUUGGGCCUCUAACAUCUAUCUGUUUUCCUGACUCUCUCCUACAAGAUGAAGAUCGGUCUUUCUUUCCCGAGAUGGAGGACAUGUUUUGUUCAGCUGAUUACAAGUCAAGCUGUGCUGGGGAUUCUGGGGCAGGCCAGGCAGCUCAAGACAGCCUUGGCCAGGGACACGGUCAAGAGGGUAUGGAGGCCUUAAAAACAGGUGCUGGUGAUGGCUAUGAUAUGGUUGGUCACCACAGUGAUCAAGGCUACGGACAGUACUGCCACAGCCUUCCAGGAACAGGAAAUGGUAAUCUUCACUUAGACCUUGACUCUCUGAAGAACCAUGAGCUUCCUUCCACUGUGAACACUGAUCAGCUUGGCCUCAUCCAGUCCCAGACUCCCACUAUGGGGUUGAGUUCAGCAGCUCCUGGGGAUGGCUCAGUCAACAAGAUGAUGGGAGCUGUGGGAAUGGGUGGAAGUUCCAACAAUACUGGUCUGACCUCCCCUAUCUUCUGUUCAUCUCGACCCAAGAAACUGCUGAAGACCAGCUCGUUUCACUUGCUCAAACAGCGGCGUGAGCCACAACCUCAGACAAAGAAAAACUAUGCGCAAGAGUAUGAAUUUGAGGACGAUGAAGAUAAAGCUAACGUUCCAGCAGAUAUUCGCCUCAACAAUCGACGCCUUCCUGACCUGUUGCCUGACUUGGUGUCCAGUUGUAGGAAGGCUUCCGGGGCAUCAGGGGUAAGUGGGCUCAUUCCUCUGAUGGGUGAUGUGGACUUCUGCCACCCAUCCAACUACUCGACCCUUGGACACCCUCCACAACUCCUCACACCAGAGGGCCCUAAGAAAAGAGGCAGGAAACCAACUAAACCAAAACGCGAAGGCCCUCCUCGCCCACGUGGUAGACCACGUAUACGUCCUCUUCCAGAGCCUCCUUACUGCAGAGGGUUGAUGGGAGCAGGGGCUGGAGAACCUAAAAGAGGGCGUGGGCGAGCUCGAGGGCGAGGCAGAAGGGACGAAGGUCUUGUGGAAACCCAUCGAGAUAUGAACAAAGCACAAAGCCUUCCAUAUCAUCAUCAACAACAACAUCGACAGCAACAUUGCAGCCAACAGCAGCACCACAGUCAGCAGGUAGACCUCCACCAGGCACCACACCAGCAGCAACAACAGUCUAACCUGCAUCACCAUCAGCAGCAGCAGCUUUCUUGUUCUCACCACCAACAGCACCAUCAACAUCAACAACAUCAACAGCAGCAGCAGCCAGCCCAGCAGCUGCAGCAAGAUCCAAUUAGACCUAUCAAGAUCAAGCUGCCCAUUUCCAGCAUGCCUCCGUCCGAGUCGUUGCUGAGGACAGACUCGCUGUCCAGCAGUGAACCAGUUUUAUCCGAUGGAUCAGUUGGGUCAGCGCCGUCCCUGGGCCUAAGCCCUGGUCCCAGCACCACCAUGGACAUCAACAGAAAUGAGCUGAACAUGACGCAAGACAAGAUGAUGAAACAUCAGCAGAGAGUCGGAGAGAUGAUGGAGGAUGAAUGGAAGAAAGAAAUUGACGACCCACUGAAUCCUGAAUCCUGGGCUGCUAUGCAGAAACUCUCCAAUUCAACUGAUGAGAAGGCCUUUGACUUCAAACCGGGCUUCAUGGCCUCUUUUUUGGAUUUCCUGAAGACAGGCAAAAAACACUCUGACCUUGAACCGGGACACGACGGAGGCGAGCAAGAAGCCCUGAACCCCUGCUCCUCUCUAAAGGGAGGGAUCAGACCGUUAUCGCCGCCUCCUUCUUCCCUCCCACCAACGCCUCCACAGCAGGGCACAUACAGCGAAGGAGGCCAGGGCGAGGGGACGGACCUGGCCCUCAGCAACUGUCCAAGUCCCUGCAAGCCCCUGGAUGAGGAGCUGAAACGGAACCUGGAGACAUUGCCCUCCUUCUCCUCCGACGAAGAGGACUCGGUCAGCAAGAACCAGGACCUGCAGAAGAGCAUCUCCUCGGCCAUCUCCGCUCUCUAUGACACCCCGCACUCUCUGGCCGCCGCCAUGGCGUCUGCGAUGGUCAAGGCCCAGCCCGCCCUGUCCCCUCCCACGCCGCAGGAGCCGUCGCUCAGCCCGCCCCUCCCCGCCAUGCCGCCCCUCGUCCCCACCAUGGAGGACAGAAAGGAGGAGGCGCUCACGUACACGCAGCACCACGCGCCAGACGAGGAGGAACAAAAACAGGCCUCGCCUCAGUCGAACAAAGCAGAGGAGAAAGAGUCCGAGCGGGGAGAAGAGGAGGAUGACGAGGACGAGGAAGAGAGAGGAGAACAGGAGGCGAGCUAUGAAGAAAUGAUACGAGAGCCAGCAACUUUGCAGCAGGGAACCGUAGAGGAGCAGCAGGAGGAGGAGGAGGAGGAGGAGGAGGAGGAGGAAGAGCAGGAAGAGGAAAAGAUGUCUGAAAUGCAGAUUUUGGAGGUUCCUAAAGUUGAAGAUUCUCCCUCCGGACCUGCGCUCGCUCCUGAACCCCCGUCCCCCUCGCCAUCCAUCUCGCCGUCACCACCCACCUACUCCUCACCCUCGCCUCUCCCUCCCCUGUCUUUCUCCGUGCCCUCCCCAGUGCCGGUCCAGCAGGACGAGGAAGAAGUGAGUUCACCUGAUCCUCUGUCCGAGCAGCAGCAGCAGCAGCAGCAGCAGCAGCAGCAGCAGUCCUCCUACAAACAGCCUCCGACAGCAGGCACCUCCCCACCUCCUUCCACCUCUCCUCCGGCCAUCUCAUCACCACCCCUCUCCAACCUCCCCCUCACCCAGUCGAUCCCCCCUCCGUCCACCACACCUCCCCCAUCGUCCUCUGAUCAGGACCAGGAACCCGAAGCCGGUCAGCCUUCCCCCUCCUCACCCUCCUCUUCUUCCCCCUCGUCGUCAUCCUCUCCGCCGCCUUCGCCCCCAACUCCAGAGGAGGCCCCCGCCUCCCAGCGCCUCACCUCCCUGCACCUGGCGAAGAAGCAAGCCGACGCUGCCAUCGCCGGAGAGAGCGAGGAGGAGGACAGCGAGAGCGGGGGCGAGGGAAUCUUCCGCGAAAGGGACGAGUUCGUGGUUCGGACUGAGGACAUCGGGACUCUUAAGAUGGCGUUGCAGACAGGCCGGGAGCCCCCACCCAUCUGGAGGGUGCAGAAAGCUUUGCUCCAAAAAUUCAGCCCAGAGAUCAAAGAUGGUCAACGGCAGUUCUGUGCAACCAGUAACUAUCUGGGCUACUUUGGCGAUGCCAAAAUGCGCUACCAGCGGUUAUACGUGAAGUUCUUGGAGAACGUCAACAAAAAGGAUUACGUCAGAGUGUGUUCCCGAAAGCCGUGGCACAGAGCCGGCCUGACUUUGAGGCGCCAGUCGCUACCUAAACAGCUGCCCCCCAUUCACAAUCAAGCCCAACCUCGAAUGGAGAGAGACGACAGGGAAAAAGGGAGGGAGCUGAAAGAGCAGAGGGAAAAAGAGCUGAGAGAGAGGGAACACCGGGAGAAGGUAGAAAAGGAACACAAGGAAAGGGAGAGGAAAGAGGAGAGAGAGCAAAAGGAGAAGCAGGAGAGGGAGCAGAAAGAGAGGGACAAGAAAGAAAAGGAGGAGAGGGAAAAGGCGGAAAGAGAACGAAAGGAGAGGGAGCGCAGGGAGAAGGAGAAAGAAAUCGAAUGGGAGAAGGAGAGUGAACGGAGGGAGGAGCAGAAAAGAGAAAAGGAGCAAAAGGAGUGGGAGAGGAGGGAAUAUGAGAGGGAGCAGAAGGAGAGGGAGAUGAAAGAGAGGGAGAGGAGGAACCGAGAGCAGAGAGAGAGGGAGAAACAGGAAAGAGAAUGGAAAGAGAGGGAGAGACAGGUUAGGGAGUGGAAAGAGAGGGAGAGACAGGAGAGAGAGCAAAGAGAGAAGGAGAGGGAGAAGAAAGAGAGGGAGCAAAAAGAGAGGGAGAAACAGGAGAGGGAGCAGAAAGAGAAGGAGAGACAAGAGAGGGAGCAGAAGGAGAAGGAGAAACAGAGGGAGCAGAUUGAAAGAGAGGGAAGGGAAAAGAGGGAGAAGGAGAAACAGGAGAGGGACCGGAGAGAGAGGCAGAAGGAGAGCGAGAAAGAGAGGGAGCAGAAAGAGAAGGAGAGAAACAAAGAGAAGGAGAAGCAACGGGAUGUGGAGAGAGAGAAAAGGGAGAGAGCGGAGCGAGAGAGGAGAGACGGCGCCGUGGAGUUUUCAAGGCUGCAGGACAAGAGAGGAGGAGGAGGAGGAGGAGGAGGAGAGAAGAAGAUGGAGUGUCAGUCCAGGGCUAAGACUUCAAAAGACAAGGCUGAGCCUCCACCCAAGAAGAGGAAGAAGUGGCUGAAGGAGGUGCCGUCCUCGUCCUCCGAGUCCGACUCCUCGCCACCCAGUGACGAUGAAGGGCCUUUGCGCGGCGGAGUCAACAGCCGGGCCAUGAGGGAGAUGUUCAGAAGCUACGUGGAGAUGUUGGUCAGCACGGCUCUGGACCCUGAUAUGAUCCAGGCCCUGGAAGACACCGACGAUGAGCUGUACCUCCCGCCCAUGAGGAAGAUCGACAGCCUGCUCAGUGAACAGAAGAAGAGGCUGUUGAGGAGAGUCAACAUGAGUGCUCAGCACCAGGAGGCUUUACACAUAUACCCCAAAUUGACAGCGGACCCUCUGGACUCUGGAGCUGUCAAAGUUCACCUUGGUGGGGAAGGUUACAACCGUAAAACCCUCAACCGGGUUAAGAGGAGUAUUCCUAAACUGCAGGACAUGAAGCUUUCUAUUGAAACUUGCCGGAUAUACAGUCUGUACCAUUCUCUCCACCACUACAAGUAUCACACCUUCCUGCAUUGCAAGAAGGAGACGGACAAUAUUGAGCAGGCGGCAGAGGACCCCGGCCAGGAGGAGGUGGUGCAGCAGUGCAUGGCCAACCAGGGCUGGCUGGAGAGCCUCUUUAAUUCCUUCAUGGAUCUGCUUAGCCUCAGUGCCAAAGCCUGAAGGAGGAAAACCACAGCCCCAGGCUCUAAGCUCACACACCUACAGUAUUAAAUACAUGGAGGCGUCCAGAGUUUGUGAAAAAAAAAAAAAACGUCUGACUACGGAGACUGGACGGACGGUUCCAGUGAGGACAGUCAGUUAGUGGUUAGAAGUUUAACUUCUAAAGUAUGUAGUUUUAUUGUGGAGUCUGUCUUGAAGUACCUCUUGAUUUCAAGACCGGUACAGAGAGACGGAGGGGUACGUGAACCAUGUGAAUGUGACGAAUUUUCCCAAAAAGAAAGAUCGUUCGGUCAGCACUUCAAAAGAGAUUUUUGCGGAGACUACAGAAUAUUGAGACGCAUACGCAAGCUGUCUAUAAGCGUUGAUAACUAUUGUUUGUAUAAUUUAUACAGGGACAUUUUUGAAAAUGAUCACCCUCGUUUGCUGUUAUUAUUAUUUUUGAAAAAUGUUUUAAAAGGGUUUACAUAAAUGGCCCGCCUGCUUUUACUGGUUCUGUUGGAGGCGAAACUAUGAAUGAGUGAGAUACAAGUGAGGUGUAAAAGGACUAUGAAAUAGUCUCUUCUUUCUACCUGCCUCAGUAAAAAAAAAUAAAAAAAUAAAAUAAAGAAGCAGUCGAGUUUUAAGGCAAAUAUGUUUAAAGAUAGACCACGUUGUUUUCGUUUGUUCUUCAAAAGACAAUGAGAGAGAGAGGGUUUAACACCCUCAUUGACAGGGAACGUAAAAAAAAAAAUUAAAAUAAAAGCACGACUUUCUUAAAGGAAGCGUGAGGUGAAACAAUCCAAAAGCAUAAAUGUCAGUGUUUAAUGUUUGUCAUUUUUAUCUGUUGUUGAUUGAUAUUUCCUAUCAUUUGACCUCUCCGAGGAUAGUCUCGCAAAGCAAUUUUGUUGUUUUGAUGUGUAAAUAUUGUACAGCUACUUCAUUCUCUAGUUCCCAGUUGCUCUUCUGUACAUGAAAUUCCUGUAUUUGACAUAAUGAAAUAAAACUGUUCAAAUGAUAAACGUGAUGCUGAA